CCUCUCCAUCCUCGCGCGUCCUUGUGUGGUUUGGUUACUAUGGAGAUCAUAAUGAGAGCGCGUGCACUAGUGAGAGUGAAGGGGGGCACUGAAUAAAGAAGAGAUCAGUGUCAAUGAGAAACACAGUCACUACGUAAUUAAAUCCGUUCCUGUUCAAAGAAACGGUCAGGAUUUUACUUCAGGUCGGCCACGGAGUGCCGCGCACGAGCGAGAUGGGCAGCGCGUCUUCGGCGUAUCGGAUCAUAUACCUGGACGUGGAUGGAAGGAUUCAGAAGGUUGUUUUCAGCCGUUCCUGUAGCCCCUGUGAUAUUAAGGAGCUAUUCUGCACUGCCACAGGCCUCUCCAGGAACACAACCAUUUCCCUUCUGGACUCAACAGGUGCUAUGGUCUCCAUCGACCCCACAAUGCCAAACAACUCAGAAAGGUCGCCGUACAAAGUGGUGCCUCAAACCGGUGGACAACUUGCAAAUAAAGAAGAGCUGUUCCAGAAUGUGUUGACCCAGGUGGCGGAGCAGUUCUCCAGGGCAUUUAAAAUCAAUGAACUGAAGACUGAAGUGACAAAUCGCUUGGCCAUGCUGGAAAAGAGAGUGGAGUUGGAGGGUAUGAAGGUGGUGGAGAUAGAGAAAUGUCGUAGUGACAUUAAGAAGCUGCGAGAGGAGAUGGCCUCAAGGAACAACAGUUUCCUAGAUGACAAGAAGUUAACUCCUCGCAGAGAUGUGCCUUCAUACCCAAAGUACCACCUCUCCCAGGAGACAGUAGAAGCUUUGAGGCAGCCAAUCUUCGAUGUGUGGCAAUGGGAACCUAAUGAGAUGCUGAGUUGUCUGGAGCACAUGUACCAUGACCUGGGGCUGGUAAAGGACUUUAAUAUAAACCCCAUCACACUGAAAAGGUGGCUGCUCUGCAUCCAUGACAAUUACAGGAACAAUCCUUUUCAUAAUUUCCGCCACUGCUUCUGCGUCACACAGAUGAUGUACAGCAUGAUCUACCUCUGCAACCUACAGGAGAAGUUCACACAAGUAGAUAUUCUUAUUUUGAUGACUGCAGCUGUGUGUCAUGACCUGGAUCAUCCUGGGUACAACAAUACGUAUCAGAUUAAUGCACGCACAGAGCUGGCUGUGAGGUACAAUGACAUCUCUCCUCUGGAGAACCACCACUGUGCUGUGGCCUUCCAAAUAUUCUCUCAGCCUGACUGCAACAUCUUUGCCAACUUUGAUCCUGAAGCCUUUAAACAGAUUCGUCAGAGAACUAUUACUCUGAUCCUGGCCACAGACAUGGCUCGACAUGGAGAGAUUUUGGACUCCUUCAAGCAGAAAGUGGAUAAAUUUGACUUCACUAAUGAGGAGCAUGUUACUUGUCUAAAGAUGGUGCUAAUUAAAUGCUGUGACAUCUCUAAUGAGGUUCGACCAAUGGAGGUUGCUGAGCCCUGGGUGGACUGCUUGCUUGAAGAGUACUUCAUGCAGAGUGAUCGAGAGAAGGCAGAAGGCUUACCUGUCGCUCCUUUCAUGGACAGAGAAAAAGUGACCAAGCCCACGGCUCAGAUUGGCUUCAUCAAGUUUGUCCUCAUUCCCAUGUUUGAGACCGUGAUGAAGCUGUUUCCUCAGAUUGAGGAGAUAAUGGUACAGCCACUAAGAGAAUCCCGCGACAGAUACGAGGAGCUUAAGCAGAUAGAUGACGCCAUGAAUGAGGUUAGCAGCAUGUUUGUGGUGUUUUGUUGUUGUUUGCAUUACCUACUUCCAUAUUAUUGUAUUAUGCUUGUAUUUUUUUGCAGGUACAGAAAAAGAAAAGUGAAAAUUUAACAAUGGGAGGAAAAAAGAAAUGAGGAAGGUCACUGUUCAAAGAUUGUGCUGUUAGCUACUAAAUUGUAUCAUUACAGCGAUCAUUUAUAUGUUACCUCUGUGUGAAACCUAGUUUGUUUUUUGUUUCAGCUGGAGUCCCCAUAAGAGACAGCUAAUGAGUGGGAAAUGUGUGAAGUUUUGGCCAUCUUCUCAGAAAAUCCAAAGCAUCUUUCAGGGAAUUGAACCUUGUACAGCUUAUUCCAUUCUAUAGAUUGUGUUGUUGUUAUUUGAUUUUGUAAAAGUAUAAACAUUAUACAGGAUGUACAGAUUUUUUGUCACUUUUACUCUUAAAAAUAAAAGUUUAACUUUAAUAAAUACUGAAGUCAAGAAGUCUCUCUUUAGUAAUACAGUACUAUUUUUCUGUCCAUCCUGUCCUUUGAGGAAACUGUAGCUGCAUGUAUAAAUGCCAUAUUUAAUUUGACAUGGAUGAAAAUGAGGCUGUGAGGGAUAGACAUACAGUCCAUUCAAUAAGUUGUACUGUCUUAAGGUCCUAGAAACUUUCUGAAAAUAUCAUGUCUAAUUUUCACAACCCAUUUUCUUUUCCACACUGGACAUUUUUAUAGAAAUUGUAUUAAUGUAAAU